AUGCUAGUGGACUCCUCCGUCUCCGACCUCAACGAUUCCUUUCUGUUCCCGAACAGCUCAGCCUGCAUCGCAGGGCUGUGGUGCGCCAAUGUCUCGGAGCCCCGCAGCCCGCCGCGCCUGGUGGAUGCGUGGCUGGUGCCCCUCUUCUUCGCCGUGCUGAUGGUGGUGGGUCUGGCGGGCAACUCCCUCGUGAUCUACGUCCUCGCCAAGCACAAGCAGAUGAGGACGGCGACCAAUUUCUACAUUGGUGAGUUUGGUAAGAAUAAUGGAGGCAUCUGGAUGGGUGGGAAGGAGGGUCAAAGCUGCUAGGGCUACUAGCUGGUGCCUGUUCUGUUUCCUGCUAGCCAGGACCGCUCUGCUCUGCAUCCACGGUCAAGCGCAGUAAUGCCACGGGUUCAAAUCCUGGUUGCAGGUUUCCAAAGUUGGGCCAAGCAGUUCUUACGCUCUUUUGGGAUGUUCUUAUUGUGGGAAUGUUCAGGGAUGCAGGAGAGGAUAUAUUGUCUGAUUAUAUCCUUAUCCAACUUGUGUUAACAAGUCCCCCAAUUUCAGCAGAGUAAAACAUUCCCCUUUAUUUUAAGUUUGCAACGGCAGCGUUUGCUCAGGCUCGCUUAAGCCUCUAUGAUAACUGUUCUGGUAAUUUCCCCUUAUUCCCUCAUAAAACAGAAGAGACGACACAGUCUUUUACAAAAGUGUAAAAAGAGUUUACUCACAUUCUGUUCACAAUCAGAUCCCAGAAGGCAGACUUAGGCUUAAUGAAGUAACAUACACUUGGAGUCUAUCUUAUAAGAAGACAGUCCCUUUGUCCUCUCUUGGCUGGGAGCCAAGAGGGCAUCUUUCGCUCAGUAGAUGUUGUGUCUUCGAUGCAUGUGGUGAAAGAGAGAGAGAUGGCUGCCCUGCCCUGUGCUUUUAUCAUUACCUGCACAGGUGAGGCCACACCCACCUCUAGUCACGUGUAGAGGAAGUCUGUCCCAGCCCAGAGGGAAACAAGAAGUUUACCUGCUGGCUGGACAAACAUCCCUCCCCAUGUCUAAACAUGUUCACUUUUAGGAAUGUUGUACUUGACUGCUCUUGUGUUUCACAUCCCACACUUAUAGGAAGCAUUUUUUUUUAACCUGUCCAGAAUCUUUCAGCUUCGCAAGAUGCCCACGAUUCCUGGUGUUAUUAGAAAGGGAGAAAAACUUAUAUAAAAAUUUUAUUUAUCAUUCUCAAACAAAAACAAGCCAAGCAUCAACUUCCCUUCCCUCUUCCAUGGUUCAUUUCAAUUUUCCCUUUAUUGCCGCGUAUUCUAAUUAUUCCUUAUUCUUCCUCCUCCCAUUUUCUCUCCGUUGAUGAUUUUGCUGCUAAAUUUAUUCUCGUCUUGCUAACGUUUCAAGCUGCUGACAAUAAUUUUUUCAAAUGUUCCACCGUCGCCCCCCCCCCCAUUCUUCUUUAAAGACUUUCUUCCAGGACUCAGCUACAUUAGAUUUUUUUUUAAAUCAGCGUUAUAAAUAUGCAACACCAGGGGGCGCAGGAGAGUAAAAAAAAUUCUAUGCCGUUUUUCCAUAGCGGUAUUUUUCUUUCGUUAUGACGAUUUGAUUUCUGACUUAUUUAUAGCGUUUCUUCCCCCGCCCCCUUUGUGUAGAUCCGUCCCUUAUUCUACCAGUUAAGCUAGCCAUUUCUGAAAGGGAAGAAAACUUUCCUCUAGUUACUUUCGACGUAAUUUCAUGCUUUUCCUCUAAAUGAUAAAAACCUCCACGCUUUCCUUACAGGGAAGUUGCUCCCUUCAAUUUAUCUUUUCUUCUUCUUCUUUUAAACUUUUCCCAAAUUGUGCCCUUUGUCCAAACAGCGAACCUGGCCGUUACGGAUAUCAUUUUCCUGAUCUGCUGUGUCCCAUUCACGGCUGUCCUUUAUCCUCUCCCGGGCUGGAUAUUUGGGGAGUUUAUGUGCAAAUUUGUCAAUUACAUCCAACAGGUGAGUUUGCGACUGCUUGCAGGGCCGAUCUGCCCCCAAAAAACCUUUAAACCAUGGGUAGGCAAACUAAGGCCCGGGGGCCGGAUCUGGCCCAAUCGCCUUCUCAAUCCGGCCCGCGGAGGGUCUGGGAAUCAGCAUGUUUUUACAUGAGUAGAAUGUGCCCUUUUAUUUAAAACGCAUCUCUGGGUUAAUUGUGGGGCAUACAAAUUCAUUCAUUCCCCCCCACCCCAAAAAUAUAGUCCAAUAAUUUCAUCUGCUAGUCUGCCCUCGUAGGUAAUCUAACAGCUGCCCUGAGCCCGGUCUUGGCUGCGGAGGGUGGGGUAUAAAUAAAAAAAUAUUAUUAUUAUUAUUAUUAUCUUUGCAGCUCUGGGCAAGCAACGUCCUUGCACCGUCCAAUCUUUCUCUGACCGAUAACGGACUUAAGGGUCCCUCGAUGGAGACUUGGGCUGUCAAAGCCAAUUCUGAUUUUUGGGAAUCGAGGCGUUUGGGAACAAAGGUUCCACUGUAAUGAGCAUCCCACCCUGUCUUCUUGGCUUCGCAGGUCUCUGUGCAAGCCACAUGCAUCACCUUGACCGCUAUGAGCGUUGACCGUUGGUACGUCACCGUCUUUCCCCUUCGAGCCCUGCGGCAACGCACCCCCUUCGUGGCGGCCACUGUCAGCGCCAGCAUCUGGGUCGGUGAGUAGGGGGGCGGGCAUAGCAUGGAGGACCCCUUGGUUUCCACAAAAGGGGAGUCCCUGCCCCUUCGCUUCGGCCCGAACCUCGGCCAGCGCCCUCGCCACCCAUCUCCUGCGGGGCAAAAGUCUGGAACGGAUUAAUCCGUUUUGCAUGACUUUCUAUGGGAGAGCGCGCCUUGGUUUUGGAACGCUUUGGUUCUGGGACGGACUUCUGGUACGGAUUAAAUUUGACAACCAAGGUACCAAAAUGGAUUACAGUGGUACCUUGGGUUCGUUCUGGAGGUCCGUUUUUAACCUGAAACUGUUCUUAACCUGAGGUACCACUUUAGCUAAUGGGGUCUCCAGCUGCCGCUGCUGUGCGAUUUCUGUUCUCAUCCUGAAGCAAAGUUCUUAACCCAAGGUACUAUUUCUGUGUUAGCAGAGUCUGUAACCUGAAGCGUCUGUAAGCAUCUGUAACCCGAGGUACCACUGUAAUCCGUUGCAGACUUUUAAAAACAACCCCUAAAACAGCAAUUUAACACAAAUUUUGCUGUCUAACGAGACCAUUGAUCCAUAAAACGAAAGCGAUGAACAAUGUACCGCAGUCACACUCACUAUCAAUCCAUCAAUAGCUGAACUGGGUUGCACACAGUCACAAAAACAAAUACAGUGGUACCUCGGGUUAAGAACUUAAUUCUUUCCGGAGGUCCGUUCUUAACCUGAAACUGUUCUUAACCUGAAGCACCACUUUAGCUAAUGGGGCCUCCUGCUGCUGCCACGCCGCUGGAGCAUGAUUUCUGUUCUCAUCCUGAAGCAAAGUUCUUAACCUGAAGCACUAUUUCUGGGUUAGCGGAGUCUGUGACCUGAAGCGUAUGUAACCCGAGGUACCACUGUAUAUAGCAAAACCAGACAGACCUUGGUGUAACACUCAAAAAAGAAGCGUGACACUCAAAAUGAAGCACGUUCAGCUUCCAGGAAAAGUUCGCAAACCGGAACACUUCCUUCCGGGUUUGCAGUGUUUGGGUUCCAAGUUGUUUGAGUACCAAGGCGUUUGAGAACCAAGGUGCCGCUGUAUACAAUCGAUCUUCCGUAUAGAUUGCCCAUUGCACCUUAUCGGACCAGGAAGUCCAUUUUGCUUCUCCGCAAAUUCUAGCAGAACAUCCUUUGCUGGAGGAAGUUGUCCCACUUGACCUAGGGUUCGAGCCGGUUCUGUCCGAGACUUCAGAACCGUUGGGUGAAUUUGGGACCCUGGCCUUUCUGCCCACAGGUUCCUUUGCCGUCUCCACUCCGGUUUUGGUCUACAACCAGCUGACCGAAGGCUACUGGUUCGGGCCCCGGACCUACUGCAGUGAGACUUUCCCCUCCGUCACUCACAAGAGGGCCUUCAUUGUGUACAAUUUCCUUGUGGUUUACCUGCUCCCCUUGCUGAUCAUCCUCCUUUGCUACACCGCUAUGCUGUACCAGAUGGGACGCCCCACGGUGGAGACCUCCGAGAACCAGGUAUCAAUCGCACAACAAUCUUACAGUCGCCGUCGAAAUUAUUCCACUACCACCGCUUGCAAAUCAGGUUUAUUAUCAAAUUGUUAUAAGGAAAAACUCCACUCCUUUUCCCUUAUGGGGUAUCCAAAAGCCCCUAUAGAGUCCUUAAGUUGGUUCCCUAUCGGUAGGGGAAAAUAACAGAGGUCAAGCAGACAGCACAAAAGGAAAGAGGAAUGAGGAGGGAAGAGGAAACAGAGCAAGCUCAGGCUCCAAAACUCUUCCACUUGUAAUUUCUACAAUCUCCAGAUGUAAUAUCUGGUUAUGCAAUGUGAGAAAUGUGAGGCUGGACCAGGCAGAACUUCCCUACGAGUUAUUUAGGAAAUAGAGGACAUCUUUGCAUGCUCUUGUUAUAAGUAAUAAACUGCUCCUUUUUCACUUAUGGGGUAUCUGAGCGUGUCUAGAGUCCUUAAGUGGGUUUUCUAUUGGUAGGAGAAAAUAGCAGAGGCCAAGCAGAGAAUAGUGAGAAGCAAAGCAGCGAGUAAGCCUGAUCUUUAUGUUUGCGGUGCCAGAAAUCGCUUCUGUACAUGCCCAGAAACCAAAAAUCGCUUCGUCGCAGGUGUGAUUUUCAGCAUCUGGGCAUGCGCAGACGUGAUUUCUGGCGUUGUGCUGCGCCGGCCCAGCCCAUGAAGGAUCUCUGUGGGAGUGAUCCGGCCCAUGCCCGGUAAGCCUUGCCAACCUUUGGUUUAGGGUGGGUGCCACCACCGAGAAAGCCCUGUGCCUGGUUCCCUGUAACUUUGCUUCUCGCAGGGAGGGAACCACCAGAAGGCCCUUGGAGAUGGACCCCAGUGUCUGGGGUGGAGACGCUCCUUCAGGUCUACUGGGCCAUUUAGGGCUUGAAAGGUCAGCACCAACACUUUGAAUUAUGCUUGGAAAUGUCUGGGAGCCAAUGUAGGUCUUUCAGGACCGGUGUUAUGUGGUCUCCACUCCCAGUCCCCAGUCUGGCUGCCACAUUCUGGAUUAAUUGCAGUUUCUGGAUCACCUUCAAAGGGAGCCCCACGGAGAGCGCAUGGCAGUAGUCCAAGCAGGAGACAACCGGAGCAUGCGCCACUCUGGCCAGACAGUCUACGGACAGGAAGGGUCUCAGCCUGCGUACCAGAUGGAUAUUAAAAACACAAUAAAACAUCAAAAAUUAAAAAUUUCCCUAAACAGGGUUGCAUUCAGGUGUCUUCUAAAAGUCAGGUAGUUCAUUCUCUCCUUGACAUCUGACGGGAGGGCGUUCCACAGGCGGGCGCCACCACCGAGAAGGCCCUCUGCCUGGUUCCCUGUAACUUGGCUUCUCGCAGGGAGGGAACCACCAGAAGGCCCUUGGGAGAUGGACCCAGGUGUCUGGGGUGGAGACGCUCCUUCAGGUCUACUGGGCCAUUUAGGGCUUUCAAGGUCAGCACCAACCCUUUGAAUUGUGCUCGGAAAUGUCCUGGGAGGUAGGUUUUCAGGACCGGUGUUUUGUGGUCUCCACUCCCAGUCCCCAGUCUGGCUGCCACAUUCUGGAUUAGUUGUAGUUUCCGGGUCACCUUCAAAGGCAGCCCCACGGAGAGCGCAUGGCAGUAGUCCAAGCAGGAGAUAACCAGAGCAUGCACCACUCUGGCGAGACAGUCUGUGGGCAGCGAGGGUCUCAUCCUGUGUACCAGAUGGAGCUGGCAGACACAGAACUGACCUCCACGGGCAGCAGAGCCGAGACCACAGAGGCCAAGCCGAUCUGAUUGCAAGUCCCCUUCUUGACUCCUCCCAGGUCCGGCAGCUGGCUGAGCGCUCGGAAGCCAUGCGGGGCAAGAUAUCGCGGAUGGUGGGCACCAUCGUCGUCCUCUUCGCCAUCUGCUGGGGCCCAAUGCAGCUUCUGAUUCUCGCCCAAGCCUUCGGCGCCGGUUUCCGCCGCAACUAUUACACCUACAAGCUGAAAAUCUGGGCUCAUUGCAUGUCGUACGCCAGCUCCUCCCUCAACCCCAUCGUCUACGCCUUCAUGGGCGCCAGUUUCCAGAGGGCUUUCCGCAAAGUCUUCCCCUUCACUGCCAAGCGCCGGGUGGGCAGAUGCGAGCCCGGCGCCAACGUCGAGAUGCGGUUUGUCUCUUCGGGGAUGUAG